AUGGAGAAAAUAACCACCAAAAUCGCCGCCCUCCCCCCAGGCAGCACCUACUUCUCCCUCGAAUUCUUCCCCCCAAAGACAACAAUGGGCUCCUCCAACCUGCGCGCGCGUCUCGACCGCAUGUCGCGGGCUCUCCGCCCCCUCUUCAUAACCGUCACCUGGGGCGCCGGCGGCUCCACAGCCACAAAAUCCCUGGAACUCGCAGAGCUGUGCCAGCGCGAGCUGGGUCUGACGACGUGCUUACACCUCACAUGUACGAACAUGUCGCGGAAGCUGGUGGAUCGCGCGCUGGAGGAUGCGAAGGCAUUGGGGAUUAGGAAUAUUCUUGCGCUGAGGGGGGAUCCGCCGAGGGGGGAGGAGUAUAGGGAUUUGGGCGUGGAUGGGGCGGAGCAAGAGGAGGAAGAAGAGGAGUUUGAGUGGGCGGUGGAUUUGGUGAGGUAUAUUCGCAAGCAGUAUGGGGAUUAUUUCUGCAUUGGCGUGGCGGCGUAUCCGGAGGGGCAUGCUGACGAGAGUGAUCCUGCUGGGCAGAGUCUGGAGCAUGAUUUACCGUAUUUGGUGGGGAAAGUGCAGGCUGGUGCGGACUUUAUCAUGACGCAGCUUUUCUUUGAUGUGGAGGCGUAUGAUAAGUUUGAGAAGAGGCUGAGAGAACAUGAGAGUGGUGCGUUUAAGGAUAUACCGAUUAUACCGGGUAUGAUGCCAAUUCAGAGCUAUCAGAUGAUCAAGAGGACGACAAAGUUGAGUCAUGCGAGGAUGCCGCCAGAUGUUAUGGGUAGGCUGGAUGAGGUUAAGGGAGAUGAUGAGAUGGUGAAGAAGGUGGGCGUGGAUAUUGUGAGCGAGAUCGUCACACAUAUUCAGAAAGAGCCAGCACCUGGGCCAAGAGGAUUCCAUUUCUACACGUUGAAUUUGGAGAAGGCUGUGUCUUUCAUCUUGGAACGGACGAAUCUCAUUCCAUCCUCACCACUAGACUCCGAAUCCGCAAUUCUGGACGUACCGGUACCAUUGGAAUCUCUUCAAGUCAACGGCUUAUCACAGAAACGCCCAGCUCGCCGCCAAAGCUCAAUAGGAUCAGAUCCUCAUAACCGAGUCAUAAUCUCCGGCAGCAAAACCUCCAAUCCGGACCGCGAAACAACAGGUGAAGAAGCCGCCGUGCCUGCUGAACCAGUCAACACCCGCGCCAACACCCUCGCCAUCUCAGAAGGCGAAGGCUCCCUAGGCCGCGAAGCAACAUGGGACGACUUCCCCAAUGGCCGCUGGGGUGACGCCCGUUCUCCUGCAUACGGAGAAAUCGAUGGCUAUGGUGUAAGUCUGCACAUGUCCGUCAACCAGGCCAUCAAGCUCUGGGGUUUCCCAACCUCGGUCCAAGACAUAACAUCCCUCUUCAUCCGACACAUCGAAGGCUCAAUCUCCGCUCUCCCCUGGAGCGAACAAGGUCUCAACGAAGAAACUAACACUAUUAAAUCGCAACUCCUGAAACUGAAUCAGAAAGGUUGGUGGACAGUAGCAUCCCAACCAGCCGUCAACGGCGUCAAAUCCACCGACCCAAUAUUCGGCUGGGGUCCCAAGAAUGGAUUCGUCUUCCAGAAAGCGUUCGUAGAACUCUUCAUCCCAGAAGCAGAUUGGAAAGCUCUCCACGCUAAACUCACGUCCUCCGAAAUCGCACCAACAGUAUCAUGGUACGCGUCCAACGCUUCAGGAUCCUUCCUCUCUUCGUCGCCCAAUACACCUGAUAGCGAGGGAGGUGGCAGCACGAAUGCCGUUACUUGGGGUGCGUUCCUGGGCAAGGAAAUCAUUACGCCGACGAUUAUUGAGGAGGUUAGUUUCCGUGCGUGGGCGGAGGAGGCAUUUGGGAUUUGGGGGGAGUGGGGGAGGGUGUAUCCGACGAGGAGUGCGAGUAAGAGUGUGGUUGAUGGGUGUAGGGAGGGGUAUUGGUUGGUGAAUGUUAUUCAUCAUGGGUAUGUUGAGAAGGAGGGAUUGUGGGAGUUGUUACUUUCUUGA